AUGAGAGAAUCUGGCAUUACGACAUUGCUUGUUCUAGCUAUUAUUGCAACAUUUGAUGCCACUUCUGGUUUAAGGUACACUGUAGGAGACUCAGUAUGGUCCAUCCCACCACAACCUGAUUUUUACGCCAACUGGUCCUCGUCUCAUACUUUCUACAUUGGUGAUGUUCUAGUAUUUGACUUUGAAUAUGAGUUUUUCAAUGUGAUACAAGUGCCAAGGCUAGACUAUGAGAGUUGCACUGCUCUUAAUCCCAUAAGGAUCCUUACAAGAAGUCCAGCACUCUCUAUACUAAGCCAUGAAGGAGCAAAUUACUACAUCUGCAACAUCUCGAAUUAUUGUGAUCUAGGCCUAAAAUUUUCAGUUGUGAUCCACAAGUUCUAUUACUCUACAGGGCAUUCACCAGCCCCAUCGCCAUCGCCGUUGCCAUCACUACCACCAUCGUUGCCUCCUUUUGCUCCAACCUUGAGUCCAUACUCGGCACCUCAACCAUCUGAAGCAGGGUGGACUAAUGUAUCAGAACCUUCGAUACCUAACAGUACUAGUCCGGUAGUUCCAAAUGAUGGAAGAAGAAAUGGAUUGAGUGCUAGUUCUAAUAGAGUUGUUGUUGGCUUGGCUUGUUCAUUAUGUUUAGGGAUAUUGUUUCUGUUCGUUUGA